UUGUUGUUAGCCUGCUAUGCUAACAUCCAACUGAACAUGAUGCUACUCGGUUAAAUGCUUUCGGAUCAACUCUUCUACUACACACGUGGUUUUGUUUCGUUCAUAGCACUUGUCGGCAGAAGUAAAGCAAGUCGCCAUCUUCCGUAUUCGGUCUUCGCUUCGUUCUCGGAGAAGUUAGUUGUCUAAAGCGUUCGAAUGGAAAUGUCAACAAUCCAGAGUUUACGACAGUUUAUCCACGAGAGGUUACACACUGCUGCUGAAGACAUAUUUGGAUGUUUUGAAGCGACUGUCACAAAGUACGAGGAGGAGAUCGGUCGUCAUCGCAGACUGCUGGAUGUAACUUUGAAACCUGUAGUAAAGCUGCAGAGAAUAGAGCUCCCACAGCGACAUGUCUGUAUCAAGGAAGAGUUUCCUGCUGACCUGCUGGAGAGGAACCCCAGUCCAGACCAAGAGGAGCCAGAACCUCCACAGAUUAAGGAGCAGCAGGAAGAGCACUGCAUCGAGCUCCUAGAGAAACAUUUUCUUAAUGAGGAAAAGUUUCCUGCUGACCAGCAGCUCUGGAACCUUGAGAGGAACCCCAGUCUGGACCAAGAGGAGCCAGAACCUCCACAGAUUAUAGAGGAGGAAGAGCACUGCAUCGGUCUGGAAGUAGAGCAGCUUGUCCUGAAGCAGGAGGAUCAAGAUAACCUUUUGUUGAAUCCUACUUUCAAGGAAAGUGACCACAGUGAACCAGAACCAAGUGACCACCAGCUCCUCUCCCACAGCUCAGCUCAGAGCCAAGAUCUCAAUGGAGGCCAGCAUGGAAGCUCAAAAUCAGUUAGCAAUGCAAAGCAGGAAUCAGAAAAGGGACAUCAUGUCAUCAAAAGAGCAAAAGUGAGCCCAAGUCCCAGUACCCUUGCAUGUAGCACUACCAUGUCAAAGAUUGUGCCGAAUAUCUGCAAGAGUAAAAAGGUUUUCCAGUGUGACACUUGUGGAAAAGUCUUUAAGUGGAAGUCAAUGUUAAACAGACAUAUGAAGGUGCACACAGGUGAGAAACCAUAUCUUUGCAAAAGCUGUGGAAAAAUAUUUGGUUACAAGUCAUCACUAGAAACACAUGUGAGAGUCCACACAGGGGAGAAACUGUAUUCUUGCGAAAGGUGUGAAAAAAGUUUCACAACUAGCACAAAUUUGAAGAUCCACGAGAGAACACACACGGGCGAGAAGCCUUUUUCUUGCAAAACUUGUGGGAGAAGUUUUAGCCUGAGAAAUAACCUGCAGGAUCACGAGAGAACGCACACAGGUGAGAAACCUUUUACUUGUAAAACUUGUGGGAAAAGUUUUACGCGUUUAAAUUACAUGCAGGUCCACGAGAGAUCACACACGGGCGGAAAACCUUUUUCCUGCAAAACUUGUGGGAGAGGUUUUAUCCAGAGAUAUACCCUGCAGAGACACGAGAGAACACACAGGGGCGAGAAACCUUUUUCCUGCAAAACUUGUGGGAAAAGUUUUACAACUAGAAAUGUCCUAAAGAGACACGAGGGAACGCACACUGGCGAGCUUCAAAUCUCAAAUGGUUUAAUUAAGUCUUGCUGGUGAGACCAGAAGGGGGCAGUAUAAUACACAGGUGUGUGCUGGACAUGGAAAACCUUCCUUGUUGAUAAAGCUCCUCGUCAGAGCUAUUUCAGGUUUUUCCUUGUCUGCUUUCUGCAGCAGAACAACAAAGAAUUUCAAGUCAUAAAUGGAAAUAGAGAAAGUAUUGUUUCAAAACUUCUCAAAGAAGAAAUAAGGGAAUAAUGUCACAGUGAAAAUAAGAUUAAAAACAGAAUGAAACAUACGUUAAAUAGAAAUACAAUUUCUUCAUCCGAUUAAAAAGUUGUUACACUGAGUCACUUUAUUUCUCUGAUUUGUGGAAAUAUGUUUGUAUAGAAGUGAAACUGUUGAGGCAGCAUUGUGUGUUUCUUUUUAUUGUCAUGAUCAGUGUGAAAUAAAGUGAUUUUCAAAGCACAGGACGAAAAUAUUUAAAAAUAAGUUUCCUUUCGCAAGAUUGAAGUUUUUUUCUGGUUAAAGUAUGGAGCUAAAAGUAGCAAUUUGUGUUUUGUAAAAGGUUUAAACCAUGGGAAUUGUGUCUCACUUUUAAAUUAAAAUGUAUUACUUGUCUGGUCAGUUUUUCUGUCAUAGUUCUGACAUAUUUGAUAUGAAGAAUCACCGUUAAAUAUAUCACAUUCAUUUCAGUUUUUACUGUAAUAUUAAUACAUUUUACUAAUAUCUGACGGGUAU